GCUGAUUAUGGUUAGUCAAGAGCCGAAAUUAGCAAAACGCGGAUCCAAGCCUACUGGCGCCCUAUUUAAAGACAUCAAAACCAUCGGAAGACUUGAUACUGUUAAAGAUGACAGAGGGUUCACUGUUGUAGUGGAGGAAAGAGUCGACGAUGAACAGCAACAGAAGCAUCGGGAAAUUAUUGACCUCCUAGUCGCUGCAGGAUACUUCAGAGCGAGGAUUCAGGGACUCUCGCCUUUUGACCAAGUCGUCGGAGGUCUGGUUUGGUGCAUCACCAUUUGUAACUUCAACGUCGAUGUAGAUAUUCUGUUCCAGGAAAACGCGAACAUGGGAGACAAAAUAACACUGGUGGAGAAAAUAGUUGCCGUUUUACCUAAAAUGAAAUGCCCGCAUCUGAUUCAGCCGCACGAGAUCCAAGGGUUCAACUACAUAGCCAUAUUUCCAGUUAUCCAGUGGCUUGUUAAGCAGGUGUUGAUAUAUCGCGCAGAGCGUGGUGAUCAGAAUAAAGCACAAAGCGUGUUUAACUUCUCCAAGAAGUUUCAAAUUCCGACUUCUCCGAAUAAGCAGGUGGCUUUGAAUGCACAGUCAAAUGUACCAUCUGUAAGGAAAGACGGACUGCCUUCUAGAAACUACAAACGGGCCUCGAAUAAGAAAUUGAAAUCAGACCAGGCUCUCAUUCAGUGUACUUUGCUGGAGUUUGGAAAGAAAAGUGACAUAAUGCAGUUGAUCUCAGAAGGUGGCUCUGGAGUGAAUGAAGAGCAAGCUGAGUCCGCGGUGGAUCAGAUGAUGGGAGCCAUGGCCUCCUCUGGAACGGGAUCCUCAGGUGCCAAGAGUAACCAGCUCAAGAUGUCUUCAGAGACGGUCGGGUCAUUAUUGGGUGAGAAGAUGGACCAGGUAGCUCAGCUGCAGGCUCAUUUCGACUCGCUAAAACUGGAGGCAGAGAACUCGCCAGCUCAACAACACUCAAGACACGUUGCCAACAUCAAAGCAAGGAUUGCCGAAACUGAAAAGAUGCUGAUGGCCAAAGCUGAGACAUAUCAACAACUAACCGAGGACUUUAAAUCGAAGAAGACAGAACUCCUCGACUUACAGCAGAAAGUGGACAAUCUGGACGAAAAGAUCGGGGAGCUAAAAGCCUUAGAAACGGACGAAAACAAAGCGACGCUGGAGAAGCUACAAUCACUGAUAAAAGAGCAUGAACAAGUUAAAUCGAGUGAAUCAGCCUAUAAGUCAAAGUGUAAAGAGCAAAUGGAAGAACUAAACGAAAAAGUGAACAAUUUGAGAAAUUUGGUUGAAAAGAUUGCCAAUAACGACCCGGAAGCUAUUCCUGAAGAUGUUAAAGAAGCACACGAAGACUUGACGAGCCGAGUCGGUAAAGCGGAAGCUCUGAUUGGUCGGAAAAUGCGGGAAAUAGGUGACAUGCAGAAAAAACUGGACGACAUACCGAGUCGUGCGGAAUUGAGUCAGUAUCAGAAACGAUUCGUUGAGUUAUAUAAUCAGAUGUGUUUCAAGUACACCGAAACUAAACACCAUUUCACCCUGUAUAAUACACUCAGUGAUACGAAAAUGUACAUGGAAAAGGAAAUAGCGCUUUUGAACUCUAUUCACGACGGAUACGAGAUAGCUAUCAAAGGCUCUAAUGAUACCAAAAAGCAGUUCUUAUCCCAUAUCGAACAAGUAACUGAGAGUACGGGACUGACCAAAGACAAGGUGCUUCAGACCAAACUGAAUGCGAAAAAGCACAGAGAUGCUCUAAAUGGACAAAUGAUGGAUCUAUUGGACAAGCAACGUCAGUAUCAUUUGACAGCUAAAGAACUCCAAGAGGAGUUCAACAGCAUGAUGAAAAUUUAAACUGACUGAUGCUUACUCACACUUGAUGAGUUGUUUUUUUUUAAGCAGGAAUAUAGCUGAUAACCCAAUAUCCGAUUCUAUUCUAUGGAAAUGUUUUAUUUUUGAUACUGUAUUUAUUCUAUUUUUGCAAAUUUAAUUUAUUCGCGAAGUUAAUUAAGAAAAACUAAUUCGAAGCUUACACUUCUA